UCGGGUCCGCCCCGCCGCCGCUGCGGCGCUGGAAGCCUCGGUCCUCCCGGAAGUGCCCGGUUCUGCCUGACGGGGUCCGGUUCUGUGCUGCUGAGGGGCCCAGGGCGGCGGGGAUGGCGGAGGCGGCGCUGCUGCUGCUGCCGGAGUCGGCGGCCGAGCGGGACGCCCGCGAGAAGCUGUCCCUCUGGGAUUGGAGAUCCGACUCGGUGGCGCCGCUGACAGACAGGCAGACGGACUCGGUGCUGGAGCUGAAGGCGGCGGUGGAGAACCUGCCGGUGCCCGCCGAGCUCCCAAUUGAAGACAUCUGCAGCUUAGCAUCCCAGUCACUGCCCAUUGAACUGACUGCUGUGGUGCCCGAAUCUACAGAAGACAUCCUCUUGAAGGGCUUCGCUUCCUUAGAGAUGAAAGAGGAAAGAAUUGAGACUGCACAACAGUUUUUCUCAUGGUUUGCAAAGCUGCAAACUCAGAUGGAUCAGGAUGAAGGAACUAAAUAUAGACAGAUGAGGGAUUACUUGUCUGGGUUUCAGGAACAGUGCGAUGCUAUCCUGAACGAUGUGAACAGUGCCCUCCAGCAUCUGGAGUCACUGCAGAAGCAGUACCUUUUUGUGUCCAAUAAGACGGGAACUCUUCAUGAAGCCUGUGAACAGCUCCUAAAAGAACAGUCGGAACUUGCUGAUCUUGCUGAGCACCUCCAACAGAAGCUGUCCUAUUUUAAUGAGUUGGAGACGAUUAACACAAAACUGAAUUCUCCCACGUUGUCUGUGAAUAGUGAAGGAUUUAUCCCUAUGCUGGCCAAGUUAGAUGAUUGUAUAACAUACAUUUCAUCUCAUCCUAAUUUUAAAGAUUAUCCUGUAUACUUACUGAAGUUUAAACAAUGUCUUUCUAAAGCUUUGCACCUCAUGAAGACAUACACUGUGAACACUCUGCAGACUCUCACAAAUCAGUUACUUAAAAGGGAUCCCUCAUCAGUACCUAAUGCAGACAAUGCCUUCACACUAUUUUAUGUGAAAUUUCGAGCUGCUGCCCCUAAAAUCAGAGCUCUUAUUGAACAGAUAGAGCUGCGAUCUGAAAAGAUACCCGAAUACCAGCACCUGCUCAAUGAUAUCCACCAGUGUUACCUUGAUCAGCGGGAGCUCCUUCUGGGCCCCAGUAUUGCCUGUACUGUUGCAGAGCUAACCAGCCAAAAUAAUAGAGACCAUUGUGCCUUGGUUCGCAGUGGCUGUGCCUUUAUGGUCCAUGUCUGCCAAGAUGAGCACCAACUUUACAAUGAAUUUUUCACAAAGCCAACAGCAAAGUUAGAUGAGCUUUUGGAGAAACUGUGCGUGUCAUUGUAUGAUGUGUUCCGGCCACUGAUCAUUCAUGUGAUUCACUUAGAGACUUUGUCAGAGCUUUGUGGCAUUCUUAAAAACGAGGUGCUUGAAGACCAUGUGCAGAACAAUGCUGAGCAACUGGGGGCAUUUGCAGCUGGAGUGAAGCAGAUGUUGGAAGAUGUACAAGAGAGGCUUGUGUACCGGACCCAUAUCUAUAUUCAGACGGACAUCACAGGCUACAAACCAGCGCCUGGAGACUUGGCAUAUCCUGAUAAGCUAGUCAUGAUGGAGCAAAUCGCUCAGAGCUUAAAAGACGAGCAAAAGAAGGCACCCUCAGAAACUUCCUUUUCAGAUGUGCGGUUAGAAGAAGGCGAGCCCAGCACUUUAAGAAAAUCUGGUUCAACAGACUCCCUCAAUCCUAGACUGCAGAGCACAAUAUCUCCAGCAGAUCUUCACGGGAUGUGGUAUCCCACAGUGCGAAGAACGCUUGUCUGUCUCUCCAAAUUAUAUAGAUGCAUAGAUAGGGCGGUGUUUCAAGGGUUAUCACAGGAAGCAUUGUCUGCCUGCAUACAGUCCUUGCUAGGAGCAUCGGAGUCUAUCAGCAAAAAUAAGACUCAGAUUGAUGGACAACUUUUCUUAAUUAAGCACCUUUUGAUUCUUCGAGAACAAAUUGCUCCAUUUCACACUGAAUUCACCAUUAAGGAAAUUUCCCUGGACCUCAAGAAAACUAGAGAUGCAGCAUUUAAAAUCCUGAACCCUAUGACUGUUCCAAGAUUUUUUAGGCUGAAUAGCAACAAUGCCUUGAUAGAGUUCUUGUUGGAGGGGACUCCUGAGAUCAGAGAGCAUUACCUCGACUCUAAGAAGGACGUAGACCGGCACUUGAAGUCAGCCUGUGAGCAGUUCAUUCAGCAGCAGACCAGGCUGUUUGUAGAGCAGCUGGAGGAGUUUAUGACAAAGGUGUCAGCACUAAAAACCAUGGCCAGUCAGGGAGGCCCCAAGUACACCCUCUCACAGCAGCCGUGGGCACAACCAGCAAAGGUCAAUGACCUCGUGGCCACUGCUUACAAGACAAUAAAAACGAAGCUGCCACUGACGUUGAGAAGCAUGUCACUGUACUUGUCCAAUAAGGACACCGAGUUCAUCUUGUUUAAGCCUGUUAGGAAUAACAUUCAGCAAGUCUACCAGAAGUUCCAUGCUCUGUUAAAGGAAGAGUUCAGCCCCGAAGACAUCCAGAUCAUUGCUUGUCCUUCCAUGGAACAGCUGAAUCUCCUGCUGUCAGUUUCUAAAUAGUUACCAUGGACCAUGGGUGUCAACUAUCAGUCCCCUGGGAAAGGCCUGAGGAGUCCUGCAGCCUGCAGGGUGCCCAGGAUCCCUGUGUGGAAUGGCUCCUGAGAGAUGGGUGUGCUGCUCAGUGCUGCCUGCAGAAGGAACCCUGAGUGAAGCAGGAGAAGAUCAAAAUGCCAAAGAUUGACAGCAGGGAGAGCUGCCUCAGUGACAUGGUCUCCAGAAAUGGAGAGACAUAAGCGGUGCCGGGGUUCACAGUGACACGGCCCUUCACAGAGACUGUGCAAUAAAAAUAGGUUAUGAUAAAUAGUGUGGACUUCAUAGGAACUCAGCUUCCUGGAGCUGCUGGGUCCUGAUUGCUCCUGUGGACACUGCAAGGCAUUUAUCCACCGGCAUUCCACGGUUACUGUUACUUGGAGAAACCCUACUUCUGCAUCCCGAUGCAGGGUUUUCCCUGCCAUCUUGAGGCUGUGUUGGGAGGGGAUUGGUUGCUUCCAAGACGGCAUCUUGCUUUUCCUGGACUCAGGCUAUCGUCCUCCUAUGGACUUGAUGAGAGGCAGUUGGCAGAAGCCAAGGCUCAUGGAAGGCCCCUCCCGAACUGUGCUCUCCUCACGAGUCAGGUGUGUCUCGGUAGUCAGACCUUCAUAGUGUAGGCACCAGGGUAAGUGCGAGUUACCGGUGGGGAGUGGGCCGGGAGUGCAGCUUAAGGCGCUGGCCUUC